CACGUCUCUUCGCAUUUCAUCUUCUCCCUCCCUUCCUCCCUCCUCAGUGUCCCCCCCUCUCUCAUUGAUUUAGCUGACCGUUGAUUCCUCUGACCGUUUACUUCUCCGGCGACUCCAUCACAACCCUCGACGCCCCUUCCACGCCGAAGACUUACCCCCCCAUUAACUCUUCUCCCCGACUCAGUGACUCUGCAUACUCUGUCAGAAGCACUUGACAGUCAAUACAUAUAUAUAUACAUACAUCCCCAUUUGCAGAUAUACACUUUGAAGAGACAGGGGGUAGUGAGAGCUUUUGGCUCCGUUAAUGGCGUCCUCUGACAUGGCGAGCAUCGACCCCUGGAGCUUCAGGAAUUCCUACCUCGACCCCUGGUUCUCCGAGGCCCUGUCCCGCGACACCCAGACCCUCACUAAAGCCCUCAACAAGUCCAUCUCCGACCACAGCAGCUCCGACUUCUUCUCCGCCGCCGACGGCCUCGUCUCCGACCCAUUCCCCCCGCUAUUCACCUCCUUUAACUUUACCACCAAGCCGGAGGAGGCUGCGCCAACUCCCGCCAUCUCGAACGUCUCCGGGGGCUCCGACCCCGAGCCAGCCCCAACUCCAAGCAAGAGGCAGAGGAGCUCGAUCCCCGUGUUAGCUACUUCCGGCAAGGUCUCGAAGCGGAAGCCCCGGGCCUCGAAGCGGUCCCAGACGACGUUCAUCACCGCGGACCCCGCCAACUUCCGGCAGAUGGUGCAGCAGGUCACGGGCGUCAGGUUCAACGGCUGCUCGCAGCUCCAGGCUGCCGCGGCGAUCCUGAAGCCGGAGCCUCAUAGGGCGGACGGCCUCUUCCCCAGUGGGCUCAUCGCUGGCGGUCGCCUCCCCACUCUCGACACAUCGGCGUUCCUGCUGGACCACAAGCAGAAACACCACCAGCAUCAGCAGCAGGAGGUCGAGGCGGUUGGAAGGUCGACUGGGCCUUCGCCUGCUGGGGGAUUGGCCCAGCUGCCGUAUGCGGCGGCGGCCGAUGGUGGGUGCAGCGGUGGCAUGGAUUUUGACUCGUUCGCUAGCUUUCCCACUCUAGAGUCGUGGAAUGCCAUGUGACUGAUAGGAGUAUUAAUUAAUAUUUAGAUUUUAUUUUAUUUUUUUUGCAUUUUAUUGUUUUACUUAUUUCUCUUUUUCGGGGUACAUCUGGUCAGGAUCACUGGUCACGGGCGAUGGAUAUGUUAAUAUUUUUGGAAGGCCGUGUUUGGAUACUUUAAAUUUUCUCUACUAUUUAUCAACUCUC